GUAACCCUGCCCUACACGUUCGGGUGCGGCGGCACGGUAGUUAUAUGACAGCGCGUGCAGUAAGAGUUGUUCCUAAUACCUCCACUGUACGACUGCGCCAUGUCGCUCCCACGACAGCUGAGAGAUGAAAGUGAUUUUGAGCAGCUGCCCCACAACGUGCCGGUCAGCGCCACCAUCGCAGACGUCGAUGAGAAAAAGGGGUUUAUUGUCUACUACCGCUUUGUGAUCGAGGUGAAGACUAAAGGAGGCAGCAAGUACCUGAUCUAUCGCAGGUAUAGUGAGUUCUACACCCUGCAUCAAAACCUGGAGCAGAAGUUCUCCCCGGAGUCUGCAUCAGGACCCUACACUGUCGCACUGCCCACUCUACCAGGCAAAGUGUAUGUGGGAAACAAACAGGAAAUAGCAGAAAGCAGGAUCCCGGAGCUCAACACCUACAUGAAGAGGUUGCUAUGUUUGCCUGUCUGGGUUCUGCUGGACGAUCUGGUCCGCAUGUUUUUCUAUCAGACCGAAUACGACAGCCUUCAGGUCCCCAAAGCACUCCGGCGCCUCCGGCCCCCCACACGUAAAGUAAAAACCGAGAAACAGCCCAAGACAGACCUGCUCUCUUCCCCCAGAGCCGAGGCCCUGUUUGACUUCAGUGGGAACGGGCGCCUGGAGCUGAGCCUGAAGACCGGAGACGUGAUCUUUCUCCUGCGCAGAGUCAACGAUGACUGGCUGGAGGGCACAGUUAAAGACAGGGUAGGCAUUUUCCCGGAGUCGUUUGUAAAGAUCAUUAAGCCUCUACCAGACAGCGACUCAGAUGAAGAGGGCGGGGCUUCCAAGAAAAAGAGCGGUCCAGGUUCUUACAGUUGCCUGCACUGCUGCCUGUUACACCCAGGAGGUGUAGAUGAAAGAGAUGUGUGUGUAGAAGAAGACCUCUCCAUCCAGCCGUCGUAUUCUGAUCUUCUUACACGCAUGAGGGAGGUGUUUCAGGUCCAGGACAUUGCACUAAACUACCGUGACUCUGAAGGAGAUCUGGUGCGGAUCCUGGACAACGAGGACGUGGUCCUCAUGGUGCAAGAGAGCAAACGCCAUGGGUCAAAGGUCAAGAGGCCUGUCAACCAGUAUCCAUGGGAACUGUGUGUCACACAUUCCAACAAUCUGUCUGUGUACAACACCGAGUACUGAAACGUGUGUGUGUGUGUGUGUGUUCACCUAUAAAUGAAGGUAAUUUCUUCAGGUUUGUGUGAUGUUACACAUGUCAAAUCCCGUCGUCUUACUUGUUAGCUAGCAGCAUGACUAGUUCAUAUUUCCAGUUGCCUAGCAACAGUGUGUCCUGUUUAGAUGAAAUAACUACACAACACCAGCAACAAGUAUUAAGCAUUUUUAAACAUAUCUGGAGUUCCUUCUCACUGCACCUGACUCAUUCUGAGCAGCCACCCAAAAGCUACAGGUUUCACUUAAAAAAUGUGGACAUAGCUGUCUCAAAAACAGAAAUGGACCUCAAGCAGAGGUUUGGUUCCAUUUUUCACAGAAAAGUUUAUACAGAAAAAUCAUCUGAUGAACUUCAUCUCACUGUUGAGAGCAGCACGCUCGCCAGAUCCAUCAAUAAUCCCCUCACUGUCACGAGGCCUGUGCUGAUGAUCAGGUAGAUACCAUAUACCACUGUCACAAUAUUCAGCCUUACUGAUAUCAUAUAUAUGUGUUUGUGUGUGUGUGUGUGUGUGUGUUUGUUUGUUUGUGUGUGCACAUGGUACCCCACUUUGGGUGUACACUUCUCAAUUUCAUUUCCUUUCACUGGAAUAUUUAUACAACAGAAAGUUCUUCAGUAUUUCCUCUGACACACACCACAGAGCAUGUGGGCACACACACACACACACACACACACACACAGUAUCAUCAAAUGUGUCAGAAAUUACACAAUAUAUUUCAUAAAUUUUGCUCAUUUGGAUAAAAAAUGAUAUAUUUGCUAUAUUAAUGUAAACUUUAACACUGUUAAUAAAAAAGGCUUUAACACUGUUAAUAAUAUUCUACAUAUUAAUAAUAAAUAAAAUAAAAUGCUU